GGACGGAGGGUGAGUGAAGGCAGCUAAAAUCCCCACAGCCGGGCCCGGCCAGACUCACACUGUACACCGAAGCUGCUGUGUCAAGGUGUCUCCUGCCAUUCCAUAAUGAACACACCAGCACUCAUUUUGUUAGCCUUUUCCACUGUGGCCUACGCUGCGGAGCUACAGGUGGAACACGUACAGAAGGCGGAGACGUGUGAGCGCCCCUCUAAGAAGGGGGACAUGCUGACCAUGCAUUACACCGGCACACUUGCUGAAGAUGGAAAGAAGUUUGAUUCCAGUGUGGACCGGGACCAGCCCUUCACCUUCCAGCUGGGUGUAGGUCAGGUCAUUAAGGGCUGGGACCAAGGUCUGGAGGACAUGUGUGCAGGGGACAAGCGUCGCCUCACCAUCCCUCCAGAGCUGGGUUAUGGCUCCCGUGGUGCCGGCGAUGUCAUCCCGCCAGAUGCCACACUGGUGUUUGACGUUGAACUGAUCUCCAUUGGUGAUGCUCCACCUGUGGUCAAUGUCUUCAAACAGAUUGAUGGAGAUGCAGAUGAACAUCUCUCCAAGGAAGAGGUACUAGAGUAUAUCAAGGCACAACUCCCUGCUGAAGAAGUUGAAAAAGGACAAGAUCCUCAUAAGAUCACUGAAGAGAUAUUCCACCAUGAAGACAAAGAUAGGGAUGGCUUCAUCUCCCAUGAAGAGUUCUCAGGACCUAAACAUGAUGAGCUCUGAGUACCUACAUUUCAUCUUUGACCACAUCCAUGAACCCAAACAGAAGGAUUUAAUGUGGGAUUGUUAACUCUUUAUUUUUUAAGGUUUUCCAUAUAGGGGUGCUAAUAAUUAUACUUUUUUGUGGAUUCACCAAAGUAAUAUAUUUUUUUAAUUCACUUAAUAGAGGUUAAAACAAGACUGCUUCAAGACUCCUCCUAACGACCCUUAAGCCCAAAUUAUACGUAAAAUUUCUUGGGUUUCCCCAUUUGUCCUUUACAACAUUUAUUGCCUUGAAUGUGGUGUCUUAUCAGAAAGCAAUGAUUCCCUAAAACCUUCCCUUCAUUCAUAAACAGAGUCAGUUCGGCUUGCAUAGUGCAUUUCCAGUCCGUUAAUACCUAUACAGUAAAUAUAUUUCCACUAGUCUACAAGCAUGACGGUGGACUCAAAUCAUUGUGAUAUAACGGUGUUUGCCCGAGCCGCCUUAACUGUAAUUUUUAUGAGGUGCAAUCAGUUAGUUGUAUAUAGUUACAUUAUCCAGUUUAGCUUUGCAUACGAGUGAAACUGAUGUGAAACUUACCUCGUCCACAAUUUUUUUAUUCACAACUUUUUAAAUUUUUUGCAUAAAUUAAUAUAAUAAUUUAAAAAUAUAAUUUUAUAAAGAUAAUUCUAUGAGCUGUUAUUAUGUAUAUUUUUGGCUACAAAAAAGUUAUCUAAUGUCUCCAACUUUCAUUUACACAAAUUUGUAUCAUUUACUCCUUGUUUUGUUGCUACUCUAGUGUUAAAAUUGGGUAAAAAAAUUCAUUCAGUAUCAGAAGUGAAUAGUCUUCUACCUCUAGUGAAAUUUCAUACUUUUAGCAUCGCGUUUUGGGAGGUGUUAGAUCUAAUCUGUAUAACUUAUACUUUUAGAUACAUUGUACUGUAUAUAAGCUUUAUCCAUUGCAACAAAACCAGAGAAUAUUCACAGAUAUACUCUAUGAUCUCUCUUAAUAAGUCUCAAAGUAUUAUAAACAUUUUAUUAAUGUUAGAAACAGCCUGUGCAGUAAACUGAUUUUUUUAAGUUCAGUUGACAUAUUUAUGAACCUUAAUUACUGUAAUUUGUUUUGGUAAUAUCAACAAAUUAUCUCUACCUUCAGGAUGAGAUCGUGUUUUUCCAUGUAGUUGUACAUUUUUAAAUGCAGUAUCGAAUUUAGUUUAGUUCGAAGAAACUAAUCCUUGAAUCUUUAAAUACAAUCAAGUUAAAAUAAUUAAUGAAACUAUUCUACAAAUGUCCUAUGGUAUUCAUUUUUAUAACCAUAUAAUAAUAAAAUGGCUUCCAAGAUAUACUAUACAGUACACAUGAAAGACAUUGAGAGGUAUUUGUGGUGUGAUUGUUAUCUAUUUCUAGUACAAUACCCAAUACAAUUUGCAUGGACAACUAAAGCAAACAGCGGCUUUAGUUUAAAUGUCGAAAUGUCAUCAUCCAACAUGCAGUACUUGCCUUUGUUAUUACCUUACAUAAAAAAUAUGCUGAAAACUGUGAUAGACUGAACAGAGACCGGACCACAAUUAGUGGCUGGAGGACUGAGCCUCCACAACUCCAUGUGCUGAAUGAUCCCUACACUUCUUGAAACAUUAUAAUAUCAGACUUAUGAAUGAAAGCUGGUCUAUGAAUGUUGUGCAAUAUUUUAUGCUAUUAUUAAAUUGUUAUGGUGAAACUGUAUGCUACACAGGGAUUGGCUGUCAGAAUUUGAAAGACUGUGUUGCUCUAGUUUAAUUGUUUGUUCUAUAUUUUCCCUAAAUUUGCCAUGUCUGUUAAAUAUAUGUUAUUACUCACCUAGCAAAUUUAUAAAAAUUCUGACUGGCAUUUCCUGACAAAACAUGACUGGUGUGCUGUGUGAGCGGUACCUAGCACAUAGACAUUCCUAGUGCAUUAAUCUAGCUCUUACUGAAGAGCUGAUAUUGUAUCAUAGAAAUUUUGACAUAUAGAUUUGUAUUUAUAUUUUCUUGUUGGAUUUUAUUACUAACUUUGUACUCUGAUCGAUCAGUAAAUUUUAUGAAAUGUA